CGGUGUUGCUCGCGAUCGGAGCAAGUACACUUUGAUGAUCGCCGGCGCCUGGAUCAUUUGGGUCGCCGCUACCAGCGUGUUCGAUUGGGCCCGCGGAUACCUGGCCGGGCGCGACUUCUUGGAUUACUCUGUUGGGACCCUCGACGCUCCCAUCCUGGCGCUGCAGGAAAGCGGAGUCGGAGUCGGCGCGAAGGCGUCGUCGACGACGAAGAUGGAGGACGCCGUGGCCACGUUGUCCGUUCCCUGGAAAUGGGACAUCCUGCACCGGUGGAAGCACGGCGAGAGGCUGCGCAACAGGAGGCACCCCGCGACCGCGGCUCUCCUGCAGGACAAGCCCGCGGGCGAGGAACACUCUCUCGACGAUCGCAUGCUGCUCGUGUACGACCGAGACUUGUGCACCAAGGAAGAAGACGACCCGAGCGACGCCAUCGUCUUCUUUCACCCGGCCGAUAUGGCGCUGGAGCAGAAGUGCGACCUGUGCUGCCAGCUGGUGGGCGUGGUGCACUUCUUCAACUCGUGCUUCGAUACGCCCCGGGCCGUUGAGUUGAGGAGCAGCAGGGUCGCCGUGCGAGUGCUCGACAACUACAUCGUCGUCCUUGGCGCGCCCAAAAGUUUCGCGAACUACGUCCUCCAGCAGCAGUUGGACUUAUUUGCCAGACUGCUCCGGUUUUACCACAAAGGACUCGCAGACAUGAAGAAGGUCUGUUCCAGUGGCGAGCCGUUCUUUGAACGAGUGCGGGAGUUCUGCAAUUGCUGCCUGCCCGUGUGCUGCGGUGCGAGGGACCAGCUGUCCAACCUCUUCCGGGCCGUGCCGACACUGCAGUUACCGGAGGCAGCGUCCAACGUCUUCACGAAGGGUUACGCACAUCUUGAGGAACUGCAAAAGAUGCCCGGUGUCCUCGCCAGCUGCAUUAUUUUUGACGAAAGAGUGCUGGCAAGUCAGUUCACCCCUAAAAUAACGCAGCUCCUGCUCCUGGCGGCUACCUCGAAGGAAAGAUUGGCAAUGCAGGACGUCUCCGUGAAAUAUCCUAUACCCCCCGCCGUGCGCCUAGUGAACGUCUACCUGGAGGCUUCGUGGCUCAAGGACCUGGCCAUCAUCAAUAAGCAGUCUAACGAGAGCCCCAAGGAGCUCGACAAGUACGUCGACGACCACGCCGCGGACGACGAGAAAAGCUUGUCGCGGAGCGCUAACCUUAUUCAGGAACAGGACACCCACGAUGACGGUACGCACCAUCUGCCAGCUCCGGAGGACAAGGAAACCGAAAGGGCCGACUCGCUCAGCGACGUCGACUCGGCCAUGUCGUCGCAAACGACCAACCAGUCGUCGCCAUCCGCCCCGCUUGCAUCAACCAUACUGCAGGCGACGGGAAAGCGGAGCCUGCCCGACAGUGACUUUCUCUCGGACUUCGAUUCGGCCGAAGACACGUCGGAUGGCGCGGGACCCGAUGCUUGUCUGAGGCGCCUCGCUGACCUCCAGUACACGGUCGCAGAUUGUCUCAGAAUCUCCCAGGAAAACCUGGCGACGGACAGCACACGGAGACGACGGUCCUCCUACAGGAACUCCAAGAGGAACCUGAGGAAGUACGUGUCCAGACCGGACUUGAAUCGCGUCCUGAAGGACAUCGAAGAAGUGCAAGGCCAGGAGUGCACCGCCGCUGCGACACCGUAUCGGCACGACCCGGACGCCAACGUCUUUCAGGACUAUGACGCCGGCAUGGGGUUCGACGCGGCGGGACUGUUCUACCAGGCGCAGACGAUGGUCCCGCCAACUAUUAUCAGUUACCCUAAGAGUCAAAGGACGAAGGACCCUGCUGUGACGUCAGAUGAGGUCACGCCGUCCCAAUCGCACAAUCAGAUCCUGUUCGGCCUGUACGCAAGGAAGUUUCAGCGGGCGCUGACGAAAUUUGGUGAAGCGUGCUCCUCCCUUAGCAGAAGUAAGGAAGGACUGCCUGGAAAGAAAAGCCUGCUUGCAGCUCUGCACAAAACGUAUGUUAGGCCGCCUGAGUCCAAAGCGGCUAAAGCAGAACAGGAUGCCCCAAAGGAGAACAUUCUGAACACAUUUGACCUGCCACCGGUGGUUCAGGUUGAACUGGGCGAAGUACUUGACGUUCCCGUGGAGAACUCCAACAAACCCUUCAGAAAACACAAAGACGAUGGUGGUGGCCUCCUUCACCUGUACAGCACACAUGCGCCUCAACAACCAGAAAAUGGAAGUGAACAAGUAUGUAGUGCUGAGGACUUUAGACAAUGUACUGUGCUCAGUGAUGAUGAUAUAAGGACAGACACUCAGUGCGAGUUGAGGAGGACAACAUUAUUCGUACAAAGGUACUGCAACAUGGCGUGUCUGGUGUUGCUGGCCGAUGCUGCAGAAGAAAAUGAAGAUUUCAUCUAUUCACUGUGGAGGAGAUGCAUAGCCGAACUCGGCGACUUGGAAGUGGCAGCAAGGAGCUGGCAGCAGCGAGACACCCAGCCAGAAGAUGCUAGACCGUGUGCUGAAGUGUGCUACAAUAGCAAGCUCAGUAGUGUCAGAGGUUCACUGCCAGCACUCGAGGAACACAAGCAGUGGCACUUUCGGUCGAUACAGUGUGCACACGGAGAGUUCCUGAGGAGCAGUUGUAUUAACAACAUAAAUGCAUUGUCACUUGGUAACACAUGGAUACAAGCAACCCAAAGUGAAGAUCACGAGAGCUUCAAGGUGACAACUGACGACCCAAAGAAUUUGCAAUCAGCAAGUGUACAUUAAAUCAAUUCGUUACGGUGAACAUCGCUUCAUCAUCACUUUAACAUCAGUGCUGUUUCACAUUGCCGUGGCAACUGAAUGUACAUUGACAACCAUAAUUCCAUUGUGUUCAUAGCAGAAAAAGAAAGAAUAAAGCUGUCAUAAUAAACACGUACAUGAGGAAUGCAAUAAAAUGAUGUACUUUAUUUAUCUGAAA